AGGGCACAAUCAAAUGGAACAAGCGUAAAAACAUUGUGCUCCAGUCAGGAAUUAGCGUGGUCGGCAUUGUGUUAUUCACAGAUCGCUCUUAAGUUGGUGAUUUGUUGCCACACUCAAACUUAAUUGACGUGAAUUCAACAGAAUGAGCAUGCUGAAUCGACUUCCACAGUUCACUCGCCUGAGCGCUUUUCGUCAUAAGAACGUCUCUUGCUUUUGCACAAAAACCGAUGGUUCGCCAAUACCCACGAAUCCACUUAAAGACAUAUACAGUGCGAAUAAGCAAUCUGACAAUGGAGUGAUAUAUGAUAAAAAGCCAUUCAGGAUGGAGCUCAAAGCUGGCAAAAAUUACUCGUGGUGCCUCUGCGGACGAAGCAAAAACCAGCCGUUCUGUGAUGGCACGCACAAAGACAUUUACUUGAAAAUCAAGCACAGACCUAUACGUUUUACUGUUACGGAGACUAAGGAAUAUUGGCUGUGCAACUGCAAGCAGACAUCAAACCGACCCUUUUGCGACGGCACACAUAAAAGAGCAGAUAUACAAGAGAAAAAAGUUUAGAAGAUGUGAAAUCACAUUAUCGAUAUAUAAGAAUAUUAUAAAUUUCGAAACAUGAAGAUUACCUUUGAUAUCUCAGCGUCUUGCAAAUAUCUAGAGCAGUGUACAUAAUAUACAUAUAUUUCUUUAUAAUUGUUAUUGUUACAGAAACAUACAGUAUGUUCCAUUAUUAAUAAAAAUAUCUCGGACAUA